AGAGCAGCGCGCAGUAUUCCAAUCCAGCACCCCAGCCCACCGCACUUGAGUAGUUUCCCGUUCGCCGGAGAAGCAGCAAGAAGAUGGCCGGAAGGAAGGGCGGCGAGAGGAAGAAGGCGGUGACCCGCUCCGUGAAGGCCGGGCUCCAGUUCCCCGUCGGCCGCAUCGGGCGCUACCUCAAGAAGGGCCGCUACGCGCAGCGCGUCGGCUCCGGCGCCCCCGUCUACCUCGCCGCCGUCCUCGAGUACCUCGCCGCCGAGGUCCUGGAGCUGGCCGGCAACGCGGCCAAAGACAACAAGAAGACGCGCAUCAUCCCGCGCCACCUGCUGCUGGCCGUCCGCAACGACCAGGAGCUGGGCAGGCUGCUCGCCGGCGUCACCAUCGCGCACGGCGGCGUCAUCCCCAACAUCAACUCCGUGCUGCUCCCCAAGAAGUCCCCCGCCGCCGCCGAGAAGGAGGCCAAGUCGCCCAAGAAGAAGGCCGCCACCAAGUCCCCCAAGAAGAAGGCCGCAGCCACCAAGGAGUAGCCGUCUCCAUCCCCAUAGCCUAGCCAGUCUUGCUGCUUUGUUCCAUUUCUCAUGGACAAGAUGAGUAGUCAGUUUGUAAUGCCUGGUAGUCUGUAGGUAGUUGCCCUUUCGUCAGAUUCGUUGAGCAAGAGUGCCACUGUAUCUCUGAUUUCUGUGGGAAAUACUACUGAAGAUGCACUCCUUUGAAUCUUGGUAACAGUUCUCUUGUUCUAUA